ACGACGGAUACUGUGUAGAGUGAUAGUUAAGCUGUGGGUCAGGUGCAGCGCGGAUCCGUGGGCAGCGUUUCCCGGCAGAAUCCUGCGUCCUCUGGGGCACCGGCGGGAGCCACUGUCUUUGCACUCCUGGUACGGGCGGGUUUCGUGUCUCCCAGUGUGUGUGGUGAGGUGGGAGGACGCGGGAGAUCUAACAUACGCAUACUGGAGCUUGUGCGCUAAGAAGGCCCACAGGGCUUUUCUUACAGGCCUGUUUUCCUCAAAAUGAGUGUCGGUAUCACCUUCUUAAGACCUUUUGCCAGAGUUUUGGCACCAUUUACCCUUCAUAGGAAGAAAAGGGUUUUAUAUUCAACAACUCUGCAGAGAUACACGUCUUCCAAAAUACCAGCUGUGUCCUAUCCUAAUAAGGAGAGUACAUCACCUCCUGAAGAGCUGGAGUUGGAUAGGUGGAAAAUUACAAUGAAAUCUAGUGUGCAAGAAGAGGGUGUUUCAACAGUCUCAAGUAGCAAGGAUGAAGAUCCUCUAGCUGCCACCAGGGAAUUAAUUGAGAUGUGGAGAUUGCUUCGCAGAGAAGUACCAGAACACAUCAGUGAAGAAGAGCUCAAAACCGUUAUGGAAUGUGUUUCUAAAUCAUCAAAAAGAAAAUAUUUAAAAUAUUUAUAUAUUAAGGAAAAAAUGAAAAAAGCCAAGCAAAUAAAAAAGGAAAUGAAAAUAGCAGCAAAAGAACAAAUAAAAAAAGAUCAGCUACCAGAAACCACUAAGGAAGAUAAACAGCAAAACUUUCUGUUUCUACGACUUUGGGAUAGGAGUAUGGAUAUUGCAAUGGGCUGGAAGGGUGCCCAGGCCAUGCAGUUUGGACAACCUGUGGUUUUUGACAUGGCUUAUGACGACUAUAUGAAACCAAAAGAACUGCAGAAUGCUGUUUCCCAACUUUUAGAAAGUGAAGGAUGGAACAGAAGAAAUGUUGAUCCUUUCCAUAUUUAUUUCUGCAGUCUUAAAACAGGUGGUGCCUACUAUAGAGAGUUAGUUAAACGUUAUGGAGAAAAGUGGAACAAAUUGCUUUUAACAGCAACAGAAAAGUCUCAUGUAGAUUUAUUUCCAAAGGAUAGUAUUAUAUAUUUAACUUCAGAUUCUCCCAACGUUAUGACUACUUUCAAGCAUGACAAAAUUUAUGUAGUGGGAUCUUUUGUUGAUAAGAAUAUGCAGCCAGGCACAUCCCUAGCCAAAGCAAAACGGCUGAAGCUGGCAACAGAAUGCCUUCCAUUAGAUAAAUAUUUGCAGUGGGACACUGGCACCAAAAAUCUCACCUUAGAUCAAAUGAUACGUAUUUUGUUAUGUCUGAAAAACACUGGUAGUUGGGAAGAGGCUCUGAAGUUCGUUCCUAGGAGAAAACAUACUGGUUAUCUGGAGAUUUCUCAGCAUUCUCAAGAGUUUUUCAACAGAAUGAAGUCAAAGACUUUUAAUUCAUUUCCAAGAGGCUCUGUAGAUAGACACAGAAAAGGUAGCUUGAAUGAGAAUAUUUGAUAGCUUAAAAAGUAAAUGGAUUAGGAUUACAGUUCUUUUUUUUUUUUCCCCAAAAUCAGCUGAAAUUUUUAGGAAGCCUCUGCUGAAGUAGCACAGGUAAUACUCACACUCCUGUUUCUUUUUUUUUUGAAUUUUAUUUUAUUUUUUAUACAGCAGGUUCUUAUUAGUUAUCCAUUUUAUACAUAUUAGUGUAUAAAUGUCAAUCCCAAUCUCCCAGUUCAUCCCACCACCACCACUUAGGAAUACAGUUCUGUUAGUCUGUUUCAUCCUGAAUGGAAUUCACUUGCUCUUUCUUUUAAAGGUUGUCUUUCCAAACUAACUGAAGUAUUAUCUUUCUCCAAUUAAAUAUCUGUAAAACUUUGGAAAUAUAUUUUGUUUACUGUAAAAAGAAUCUUAGAAAGUAAAAAGAGUUGUCCAUGUUCGUUUGAGCCCAGUAAAAUAAUUGUACCAUUGGUGUGGCUUUUUUAUGACUACUUUGAGUCUCAGACUGCAUUUUCCUUCUUAAAUGUUCUUUUAGCCAUGACAACAACUACCCUUUCAUCGAAAAUUGAUGAAACUUCAGGUGGUGGUUCAUUUAUUUAACAUUUGGUACAGUGCUGGGCAUGUCAUAGGCACUAAGGUAUAUCGUUUAACUGAGUCUUGGUUAAACAAAAAAGACAUCCCUUGGCAUGUCAUGAGAUUGGGCUGUAUAAUGAAAAAUGGGUUUGUGGGGUAAUGAAAAAUGGGUUCGUGGGGAUAAAGGUCAUUUCUUGUCCUCUUAGAAGAAAAGGGUUUAUUUGAAGAGUGUUACUACAGCACUUCCCUGUUGUAAUGUAGAUGGCUUUUGUUUUCAAGGAAAUACUUCCUUUUUUCCAGCCAUGUGAUUUGAAUGGAAGCUGCCAUAUUUUUACAGACCUUGUUCCCCUGGCCACAACUGAUUAUCUCAAAAAAGACACCUCACUCAGGGCUUCCCUGGUGGCGCAGUGGUUAAGAAUCCGCCUGCCAAUGCAGGAGACACGGGUUCAAGCCCUGGUCCGGGAAGAUCCCACAUGCUGCGGAGCAACUAAGCCUGUGCACCACAACUACUGAGCCUGCGCUCUAGAGCCUGCAAGCCACAACUACUGAAGCCCGUGUGCCUAGAGCCUGUGCUCCUCAACAAGAGAAGCCACCGCAGUGAGAAGCCCGUGCACCGCAAUGAAGAGUAGCCCCCGCUCGCUGCAACUAGAGAAACUGCGUGCAGCAACGAAGACCCAAUGCAGCCAAAAAUAAAUAAAUAAAAUUAAAAAAAAAAAGAGACUCAA